AUUGGACUGCACAAUCUAUUAGGGAGGAGGGAACCAAAAGUAAAAGAGCUGGGGGAGGGGAGAGAAGAAAAGACCUCCCAACCCUUCCCCAACCCAUACACUCUGAACCUGGAAGCAAUAAGUAGCCAGUAGCCUGAAGAGGGUCUGUGCAUGUCCAAGCUGAGGGCAGCCGAUGCUGGACCCCAGGAGCUCUCUGCAACCAAGUGAACAAGUAAGGCCUGCAGAGACUGGCUUGCCAACAGCUGGACUUGAUCACCAGCUUGAAACUGAGAUCAUGCACUGGGUGGAAUAACAAGCGGACUUUGUUCUUUCUGGCUAUGCAAAGCGUUGUUUUCCAAGGAAUUGCCACAGCAGCAGACAGAAAACCAGAGAUCACCACCUGGACCCUUGAGUCAUUUUAGAGAACCAAAGUUCCUGGGAAGUGUGCAGGAUGAUGGUGGCCCUUCGGGGAGCUUCUGCUUCACUGGUCCUCUUCCUUGCAGCAUUUCUGCCCCCACCACAACAUGCCCAGGACCCAGCCAUGGUACACUACAUCUACCAGCGCUUCCAAGUCUUGGAGCAAGGGCUGGAAAAAUGUGCCCAAACAACAAGGGCAUAUAUUCAAGACUUCCAGGAAUUCUCAAAAAACAUAUCCAUCAUGCUGGGGAAGUGUCAGACCCACACAAGCGAAUACAAGAGUGCAGUGGAAAACCUUGCCCUGAGAGUGGAGCGUGCCCAGCGGGAGAUCGACUACCUGCAAUACCUCCGAGAAGCUGACUUCUGCAUUGAAUCAGAGGAGAAGACGCUGGCUGAAAAGGUGCUUCAAGAAGCAGCAGAAGAAAAGAAGAUCCGAACCCUGUUGAACACAAGCUGUGACAACAUGCUGAUGGCUAUAAAGUCUCUGAAAAUAGUGAAGAAGACCAUGGAUCCAGAUGGCUCUUGGAUGAAAGAUGCUGGCAGUAACUCUGCAAAAGUGUAUCUAUUAGCUGGAUCCAGAAACAACACAGUUUGGGAAUUUGCAAAUUUGCGGGCAUUCAUGGAAGAUAGCAUCAAGCCUGGUCCCCGUAAGCUAAUCUUACCACUUUCCUGGCAGGGAUCAGGGCAAGUGGUCUAUCAAAGCUUUCUAUUUUUUCACAAUCAAGGGACUUCUAAUGAGAUAAUUAAAUAUAAUCUACAGAAGAAGACUGUGGAAGAUCGAAUGCUUCUCCCAGGAGGGGCAGGCCGAGCACCCAUCUAUCAACACUCCCUCGCUACAUACAUUGACCUUGCUGUAGAUGAGCAUGGACUCUGGGCCAUUCACUCAGGACCAGGUAUUCAAGGCCAUUUGGUUCUGACAAAAAUUGAGCCUGGCACUUUGGGAAUAGAACAUUCAUGGGAUACACCGUGUAGAAGCCAGGAUGCUGAAGCUUCAUUCCUCCUGUGUGGGGUCCUCUAUGUCGUCUACAGUUCUGGUGGCCAGGGCCCUCAUCGGAUCACCUGUGUCUAUGAUCCACUGGGCACUGUCAGGGAGGAGCAUCUGCCCAAUUUGUUUUUCCCCAGGCGGCCAAGAAGUCACUCCAUGAUCCAUUACAACCCCAGAGAUAAGCAGCUGUAUGCCUGGAAUGAAGGCAAUCAGAUCAUUUACAAACUCCAGACAAAGAAAAAGCUGCCGCUAGAGUAAUGGAUGGCAGUUUGGAGGGAGAGCUGUGUGGCUCGGGCAGUGGUUUUCCGGAACACUGAAGUCACAGUCCCUUUACAGUGGAGUAUCUCUGCCUCUAGAUGCUCACAGGAAUAGGUUAUAAAAGUUGAAAUACACAUUCUUCUUUUCCCAAAUGUCACUCACUGGCUUAGGUAUCUUUUGAGAGCAUAAAUGAGGUCACAAGUCAAUUGACCAAUACCUUGCCCUCAUCCAAAUCUGAUGGGGCUUAAGGCCUCUUUUAUCUGGUUUGCUUAUUUCCAAUCUUUCCUUUUGCUUUCCAGCAUUUUCUCUGACUCUGCUUUAUUCCCAAUCCAGCAAUUAGGAUCUUACCAGUCCUGGUAUUGACUUCUUCUCUGGACUUUGCUCAGGGGUUGUCCUCUUUUUCAAAUGCUUAUAAAGAUUUUCCAUCAUCCAACUGUAGUAGUUACAUUUCUUGUUGCUGUGACCAAAUAACUGACAAGAAGCAACUUAAGAAAGAAAAGGUUUAUGCCAGUUUAUUGUUUUAAAAGGAAGCCAGGCACAGUAGGGCACACCUUCAGCCCCAACAUUUGGGAAACAGAGGAAGGUGGAUCUCUCUGUAUUAGAGGCCAACCUGGUCUACAUGGUAAGUUCUAGGUCAAUCAGAGCAAUACAGAGAUCUUGUCUUUUUAAAAAAAUAAUGGAUACAGUCCAUCACGGUAGUAGUGAAAGUGUGAUAGCAGGAGCAUGAGAUGUUCAAAUUACAUCUGUAAUCAGGAAGCAGGGUGCAAACAGGAAGAGAGCCUACACUGAGAAACUUAAAGGCUUGCCCUCAUAGUAACUCACGCCUUGUCACAGUAACACAAGCCUGUACUCAGCUGGGAACCAAGAGUUCACAUGAGCCCAUAGGGCACAUUUCACUCAUUGGACCACAACACCCAGAAAACACUAUUUCUUGUUGAUGUCUGAUUUUUAUUUCCUCUAGCCUUGCCCUUCUGCCAAGCCAAGUGGAUAUAGUAACGAUGUAAAAUCAUGAAUAGUUGGAUGCUACUUUCUAGUUACAAAGCUCUUUCUUACAUUGUUGGAUUGUCUUUUUGUCUUUGUCUGGUAUGUACACAUCUUCAUAGUUGCUAAGCUAGAAGUGAGAGUUCGGGGAGUUAUUCAAAGCAGCAAGCUACAAAAUGAAAGGGCUAGGAAAGACUGCAAACCUCCUAGCAUUUCCAUCUCCCAAGAAAGGAAGUGUCAGGUGCUUUGCUCACUUAUCCUUAAUCAGUGUGUCUAUCAAUUCAGCCUAAAAAUAAUACUCUGCCCCUUGGCCCAUUUUCAUGUCUGCACAAGGUUUUACAGGUCUUUCAAAGUCUGCUUUCUCUAAAAAAACCAGUCCAAGGGUAACAAUACAAUUCUAGCCUCAUCUUGUUUUUCUGUUGCCUGCUUCUUUCUUCUAGCUUUCAGUGUAAUAAAAGUGAGAUUAAG